CGAGGAUUGAAAGCUCACUAUUCCGUUUGACUAAAAAAAAGAGAGAAAUCAAAGCUCAUGUGAGCCCAUUGGUCAUCUAACAUCCGGUAAGGAAAACAAAGUCUAUAAAUAGCAAUACCUCUUGGAUUUCGAUUUACUUCCUUAAUUUCAGCUCUCACUCGUCCAGAUUUCUACACUACACAACAGUAUCAUUAUGGCGGCGUUGCCCCAGGAUGAUCUGACACGAUCCUCGAGCAGUCGCCGGAGUUUUGCGUCAACAAACAGGGGGAACUGCGCGUCAGCGAGUAUCCGGGAAGCAUGGCGAGGGCAGCCGGAGGUGUUCAGCCGCACGACGAGCCAAAGGGAGCGAGAAGACGACGAGGAGAAUCUCCGGUGGGCAGCGAUCAACCGGCUCCCGACGUAUGACAGGUUGAGGAAGGGGAUGCUAAAUAGAGUGCUGGACAACGAGGAAAUCGUGCAAGGUGAGGUGGAUGUAACUAAGCUAGGAAAUCAGGACAAGAAGCUGUUGAUGGAUAGUGUACUCAAGACUGCGGAAGAAGGUAACGAGAGGUUUCUUCAACGAUUGAGGGACCGGACUGAUAGGUAGCAGGUAGCUUGGAGUGGGUCCACUACCGAUCAACGUAUUGAGGAGUAAUUGAGCUAGCUUUGGAUGAUGUGGAUGGUCAAGUAGAUUGUGGGUAGUUAAUUAAGAAGCUAAUUUAUAUUAGUUGUAAUUAAGUUGUCGGUAGAUAUGUUGAAAUAUAGAAUUUUUAAAGUAUUGUAUCCGAGGUUGUGGUUGAAUGGUAGGUACAUUGACACUAGGGCUGUCCACCAAACCCACCCACCCGACCCGACCCGACCCGAAAAUACAUGCAACAGACGGGUCUGAUUACUCUUUCGGGUCGGGUUCGGGCCUGUUUAGUCAGAUUUCGUGAUAUGUUAGUCGGGUGUCGGGUGCACCAUAUAAUUACUCGGGUGACCCGACUCGACCGAGAAAUCGUGUAUAAAAGGAAAAAAAAGCCCUAGAUCUAUUACAGCUCCCAAAUUCCUCUGUUACUCCUCCUGUCUCCUCCCUUCUGCUCCUCGUUUUCUCUCUCUCCCACAGCCCCCAAAUUCCCACCAGCCACCACCACCAGUCCACCGCCACUCCUCCUUCUGCCGAUCGACCCACCAGCCACUGUGGUACAUCUCUCCUCUCUCUUUCUCUCGAUCGAUCUUGAACUCUCCCGUCCUUCUCUCUCUCCCUCUCUCUCCCGUUCAUCUCUCUCUCCUCUCUCCCGUUCAUCUCUCUCACUCUCCCUCCCUCUGUAGGAAUGCUAAGGUUUCAGAGUUGAAAGCAUUUUCUGUCAAGGAAGCCAUGGAAAAUCUUUGGUUCGUGAUCUUGUUUUCAAGGAAUCAAAAGAAACCAUUGACAAGCUGUAUUAUGUAAUCAGUGAACAAUUUCUGGGUUGUAUGUAAUCAGUGAACCAUUUCUGUUCAAA